AUGUUCGUCAACGGUUCGUCAACGAAUCAAGGGUCCAGGGUGGGACUCAUCCUCCGAUCCCCUACCGGUGAAAUCCUUGAGCAGGCGUUAAAGCUCAAUUUCAAAGCGUCGAACAACGAGACCGAAUACGAGGCCGUUCUCGCGGGACUCCGGUUAGCCCAGGGACUUGGAUUCAAACACCUCCAGGUCUUAUGUUACUCCCAACUCGUAGUCAGCCAGUUCAGCGGAGAAUUCGAUGCGAAAAAUAAGCGAAUGGGAGCAUAUCGACAGUUAGUCCGCACGUUAUCUGGAGAAUUCACAUCUUUCUCUCUGACGAAGGUCCCACGGAACGAGAAUGCAUCAGCCGACGCCCUUGCAGCUCUGGCGAACCAGUCCGACCCCAAGCUACGGCGUACCAUUCCAAUUGAGUGCAUCGAUACUCCCAGCAUCGAUCCAGACAGCCUCAUCGCCCUCAUCAACGACGACCCAAUCCCGAUGGAAGUCGACGAGCCAAUAGAAGAUAUGGCGGACAUCGCCGAACCUCCUGAGGAUUGGCAACUCGAGAUCAAACUUUACAUCUCCGAUGGCAUCAUCCCAGCAGACCGAUGGGCAGCUCGACGACUGAAGGCUCGAAGUGCCAGGUACAUCCUGUUGGACGGCAAACUAUUUCGCCGAAGUGCAUCGGGAGUGUUGCUUACCUGUGUUACUCGGGAUGAGGCCAAACGUAUCAUGAUGGAAGUGCAUGAAGGCGAGGGCGGCAACCAUUCUGGCGGACGCGCACUCGCUCUCAAAAUCAAAAAGGAUGAGCAUUAUUGGCCUACCAUGAUGGCCGAUUGCGAAACUUUCACGGCCAAAUGCGAAGCUUGUCAACGCCAUGGAUUAAUGCGGCACAUCUCGCCCGAGCUGCUAAAUACCGUGACAGCUCCGUAUCCUUUUAUGCGCUGGGCCAUGGAUGCCAUAGGACCGUUGCCGGCAUCCAAAUCCAAGAAGUAUGUCCUGGUGCUGACCGAUUAUUUCACCAAGUGGGUGGAGGCAGAAUCUUUCACAAGGAUCCAAUCCUUAGAUGUGACCAAUUUCAUAUGGAAGAACAUCAUAUGUCGCCACGGACUGCCAUACGAGAUUGUCACCGACAACGGCACCCAAUUCACCUCGAUGAUCACUAGACGCUUCUUGAUGAAGUGGCAAAUACGUCUCAGCACUUCGACUCCUCGAUACCUGCAAGGGAAUGGUCAAGCUGAAGCCACGAAUAAGUCAAUUGUCGAUGGACUCAAGAAAUGA